AUGGGGAGAGAUUUUGUUCAUUUUGCUGAAAUUUGUUUUAAGAGUUUUGGAGACAGGGUUAAGUACUGGACUACCAUCAAUGAGCCAAGUCUGGUUGCAAAGUUUGCCUAUAUGAAAGGAAUAUAUCCCCCUGGUCACUGUUCCCCACCUUUUGGAAAUUGUUAUACUGGUAACUCGGAUGUUGAAUCUCUAAUUGUCGUGCACAAUAUGUUACUGUCACAUGCCAAGGCUGUUGACUUAUACCGCAAGCACUUUCAGGCAAAGCAAGGUGGAACCAUUGGCAUUGUGGCACAAUCCCUCAUGUAUGAACCACUUAGAGAUGAAGAAUGUGAUAGACAAGCUGCGAGUAGGGGCUUGGCUUUUAUUGUAGCCUGGGUCUUAGAUCCCCUGGUUUUUGGUGAGUAUCCAUCUGAGAUGCUCUCUAUCCUUGGGAGUCAGUUACCAGUGUUCUCUCUUGAGGAGAAGAGUCUCAUAAAAGGAAGCCUAGACUUCAUUGGCAUCAAUCACUAUGGAACUGUCUAUGCCAAGGACUGUUCCCUCUCUUCUUGUCCUCUUGGAGUAGAUCAUCCACUAAGUGGUUUUCUAGAAACAACUGGAACAAGAGAUGGCAUUCCGAUUGGUGAUCUGACAGGAAUGUCAGGGUUCUUUGUGGUUCCAAGGGGCAUGGAGAAGCUUGUAGAAUACAUUAAGAUAAGAUACCAUAAUAAUAUACCCAUGUAUAUUACAGAAAAUGGAUAUUCAUCACCACCCAAACCUGAUGAGACAAUGGAUGAUCUACUACAAGAUUUCAAACGAAUAGAUUAUCAUAAAGCCUACCUUGCAGCUCUGCUAAGAGCCAUAAGAAAAGGUGCGGAUGUUAGAGGAUAUAUGAUAUGGUCAUUGAUGGACAACUUUGAAUGGGCAAGUGGCUAUGACAUAAGAUUUGGGCUCUAUUAUGUGGACAGACACACUCUUGAACGAAUUCCAAAACUUUCUGUUCAAUGGUUUUCUAGUUUCCUCAACAACACUGGUCACACCAACAAAAAAGAAGACUUAAGGGAGCCAUAUGUUAGAAGUAAAAUUGUGAUACAGAAUGCCUACUCAUGCUCAUCCAGGCAAAGCAAGGUGGAACCAUUGGCAUUGUGGCACAAUCCCUCAUGUAUGAACCACUUAGAGAUGAAGAAUGUGAUAGACAAGCUGCGAGUAGGGGCUUGGCUUUUAUUGUAG